AUGUCAGCCCCAUUUCCCAACGUAUACAACCAUCGCAAGGUUGCAGAGGCAUCCGCAAAAUCAUGCGACAUCUGUUACAAGACGAGUACGUCUGUGCUCAUUACGCCCGAUAGCAAAGACUUUUUCUACGUCUGCGCGGUGCACUUGAAAGAUCGCUACUUUUGCACGCCAAAGAUUGAUGAAGAGGCCGUCAAAGCCAAAAGGGAGCGAGAGCUGGAGGCCGAGAAGGAGAAAUUAAAGAAGGAGUACGAGGAAAAGCAACGAAAGAAGGAAGAGAAGGAAGAGAAAGACAAAAAGGACAAGGAUAAGGAUAACAAAAAUAAGCCAGACAAGACAGACAAGGAUGAUGAUGCGGAUAAAAAGAAAUCAACGGACGAAGAUGAGGGCGAAACACCCAAAGAAGAAGAGGCUCGGACCUUCGAGUUGAAGCCGGCCGCCGCCACCGACGACAACGGCAACAACAACGACGACGACGACGACGACGACGACGACGACGACGACGACGAAACGACGAUGAAGAUGGUGGCAGUGCCGACCGUCGUCAUCUUUCUUACAAGCGUGUUCGCGGCGACGGCACUCACGGAGGGUACGGCUCUGGUGGCCCGUGGCCUGUCCCGCGCCACUUUCGAAUGCAAUUGCGCGCCGCUGCAGCUGCAAAGCGUCUCCUGUAUCUGCACGCCCGCCGCCGCCUUGUCCAGUAAAAAAAGGCAGCCAAGAGAGAAGGUGGAAUACGAGGCCAAAAUGGUGAUGGAGCUGCAGCUUCUUGCCCCGCGGAUCACAAAACUUGUGCCCACAUCAAGAUACCUACUCAAGCACUAUAUUUAG